AUGCGCUAUCAGGCUACGAUAACGUUGCUUGCAAGCUUGAGCCUUGGUGCUCUUGCGCAGACACAGAUUGGGCAGACAUGUGUGAGUAGCGAUGUCUGCUACAAGCUGAACAUCCCUGAAGCAACAGCCCAGAGCGGCAGCGGCGAUAUCUACCUGUCUCUCAGCGCGCCGACAACAUAUACUUGGGUCGGCCUUGGAAUUGGAUCGAGCAUGACAAAUUCAGACAUGUUCAUUAUGUACACCGAUGGCAAUGGGAACGUCACGCUUUCGCCUCGCUACUCGUCAGGAGAAUCUCAACCACAAUACGACGGGGAUCUUGACGUCGAGCUACUCAGCGGGUCCGGCGUCGCGAACAGUGUCAUGACAGCAAACUUCCGAUGCGGUAAGUGCGCGCGGAGUGGGAGCACUUCCUUUUCAUCUUCGAGCGGGCAAUGGGUCCACGGACGAAAAAGCGGUGCUGCUCUGGACAGUACGGACGUCAAAGCCAGGAUCUCACAGCACGACGCUGCGGAUAGCUUCACAUGGUCCUAUUCCAAUGCAGUCGGAGGCUCGAGUACAAAUCCUUUCAUGGCUACUGACACAGUCGUCUCUGGCACUACACCUGUGAGCUCUGGCAGCGACGACACAUCUAUGCGCAGCAACAUCAUACUCGUCCACGGCAUCUUCGCGUCACUCGCCUUCAUCGUCUUCUUCCCCAUUGGCGCCAUUAUCAUACGCCUGGGCAAGUUUAACAACAACGUCAUGAUACACGUUUCUACCCAAAUCUUCUCAUGGUUGCUCUUCAUUGCUGCAUCUGGACUCGGCCUAUACUACGGCAUCACUGGCGACGAAAUGAACGAGGCGCACCCCAUCAUCGGCAUCGUUUUGAUCGCGAUGAUGUUUAUCCAACCUAUUGCUGGCUGGCUCCAUCACCGAAAGUUCUUGCGCACUGGUCAGCGUAGCGCGAUAUCUUAUGGACACAUAUGGACUGGUCGCACUGCGAUUAUCCUCGGCAUGAUCAAUGGUGGACUUGGUCUGGAGCUAGCUGGUACUGAAACCAGGUAUGUAAUCGCAUACAGCGUAGUUGCCGGAGUUAUCGGCCUUGCGUACUUGGUAGCGAUCGUGUACGGGGAGAUUGCCAGGAGCCGCCGCACAAGUGUCGCUGGUAGCCAGCACGAGAAGAUCCACCCAUCCCCAGAGCGGUCUCCUGUCAGCGCGUAG